AUGGCAGCACGUACUUUUGACUCCUCCCGCUGGACUUCCAAGCGCCAACUGCUUUCUGGAAAACCAUCCACACCAACUGAAGUCUCCAUCCACUAUCUAUCCUGUUCUCCUCCUCCGAACCAAAAAUCCAAGGGAACCAUCCUUCUCAUCCACGGGUUCCCACAGACCUCUUACCAAUUCCGCCAUGUCAUUACUCCACUCGCGGAUGCUGGAUACACAGUCAUCGCACCCGACUACCGCGGCGCAGGAGAAAGUUCACGUCCCAGAGAUGGCUAUGAUAAACUCACCAUGGCUAAAGACUUACACACCCUUGUGACUGAACACAUCGGCAUCAAAGACAAAAUCCACGUCGUAGGCCACGACAUCGGGGGCAUGGUUGCCCACGCCUACGCAAUCCAAUUCCCUUCCUCCACAGCCAGCGUAUCUUGGGGAGAAUGUCCAUUGCCAGGAACGUCCAUCUACGCCAACUACGUUGCCGAAAACACAUACGGCGGUCUUUGGCAUUUUGUCUUUCACCAACAAAUCGAUGUACCUGAACUCUUGACCCAAGGCAAAGAAAGAGCAUACCUAAAAUCCUUCUACGAUAGAUUGACUCAACAUCCCUCUGCCAUCUCCUCUGUCGACACUGAUAUUUACGCAGCUCAGUUCUCGCAACCUGGAGCUAUGAGAGCUGGGUUUGAUGUCUAUCGUGCUUUUCACCAAGACCACGAGGACAAUAAAAAGAUACUAGAGAAGGAGGGAAAGUGUAAGGUGCCUUGUUGUGCGCUGUGGGGUGGAUUGAGUUUUAUGAUCGAGAUUGCCGAGAAGCAGGCUAGGGAUAUGUAUGAAGAUGUUGAGGUGGCGAAGGUGGAGGGGACGGGGCAUUGGUGUGCUGAAGAGAACCCAGAGAGUUUUGUAGAGCAGGUUUUGAGAUAUGUUGGGAAGCAUUAA